CCAUUCACAAAAUAUUAAACGUUCUAUAAAGUAGGAUCGCAUACUCCUGUUUUUAGGGCAAUUUUAUAAGGCAAUGUACCAUCCUACGAUCCAGUAUCCAAACAUUUAACUUUGUAAUUUUCCUUAACUUGAAAUCUUACACUCUAUACUGCCUGACGCUUCUUUUUGGUGACAUCAACGCAAGCUAGUGGCCUAUAACCCUUGAGGUCAGUAAGGUGAUCUCUAUCUAUACCAAACGUACGUGUUUCAGUCCUAUCCUUGGGUAUAACGUUGUGCAAACUUUUUCGGGAGUAUCCGUACUGACACAAUGGUAAAAUGCUUCUGAAAAAUGGAUUAAGCGAGUAGCCUAUCAUGUAUAGAGAGAUAUAACCGCCCUAAAUGUUCGAUCUAAUAUUGGGACUUUGCGUUAUUCUGAAAACAUGAAUAACUUUGAGUGAAUCCAAGAAUCUCGCAGAAAAGGCGCUGUUUCAUGUAGGUCUAUAAACAUAGACUCGGUCAAGAUGGAUUAUUCCAGGACUACACAGAAUAAUAGAUUCCUGAUGAGAUGACUGAUAUACACACUUUCCGUCUCUGUCUCACAUGUUUCUUUCUGUGAAUUGAUGCGAUGACCAAGAUGGCUGCGGGUGACCAGGAGUCCAGGUGACACUGAUCGAGGGUGUACCAACAUGGCGACCAAAACUGCCGUGGAUCCUGCCAUGAUACAACACAUGCUCAAAGUAGCACUAAGAGCUUCUGCAUCCAGACACGGAAAACAACGAUGGGGUACAUCAUCAUCUUGCGUGCAAUCUUAGUUCUUCAACUUUCAGUCACAGUUGUCAAUUCAUCACUGAUUUCGAACCAUGAAAACCAUGAUAAAGAAAGCCAUGCCUGUCAUCACGAACAUGGUGGAGCGGAUGGUUCUGGUUGUAACUGCAAAUGCCGUCAAUGUCCGGACGUCGUCGACCGCUGCCUCUACGGGACGAUCCCGGACACGCGCGAUCCAUGCCGAUGUUGCAACGUCUGCGCCAUCGGCGUCGGCGACUACUGCGACCCGGAUGACGACACCUUCACUGAAUACGAGGACUUCUUCUCAAAGUGGCAGACGAUGGGCACGGGGUUGAUUAUCAAUCCGAUGUCGUUGGUCCGAGACAAGACCAUGAAGAUGAAGCAUCGUUUUGGAAGAUGUGGAAACGACAUGCGAUGUCGGCCUGUCAAAGAAUUGCCGUGGAGAACGGCCGAUGUUGGCUCUAUGGCGGUGUACGUCUACCUACGAUCAAUUAUGGACGUCCGGGGUUCUAUCAAGACUGUUUGUGUGUGCAAGGACAGUGAGAUGGUGUGUGGAUCAGAUGGUAUCACCUACGACAAUCGAUGUUUGAUGAAGAAGGCAGGUACAGAGUCAAAGACGACGAUUACAGAAGUUGAACCUGGAAUGUGCAAAGGAGCCCCUAAAUUAGCUAUGCCGCCCUCUGAUGUUGUACUUCGCUCGGGAGAUCGCGCUCUUCUCCGCUGCCAGUUCGUCGCACAGCCCAUGCCGAAAGUCACUUGGAGACGAAAAGGGAGUCUUCAGCAACCAGCCAUUGAGGCUUUCAUCCCCGGCGACAAUGCCCGUUUCGUCGUCCACGAGCUCGGAGGACCAGAAAAAUUCAUGGUGACCACGAUACUCGACAUCCUGGACGUUAGCCUGGACGAUGCCGCUAUGUACGAAUGUCGAGGAAGCAAUAUGUACGGGACGACAUCGGGCACGGCGUCUGUGUUCGUUAAAGAUGGCGUUUGAUAAAGGAAUCGGAAGCCCAAUAGUGAUUUCAAGAGAAUCAUGAUUAAAAAUAAAACAAAUGAUGUUCUAAAUAUGGACUUCAGAGUUUAAUUCGACUUCAGAGCACUGUAACUUAUUGCGGCCAUGUACUAAGGCUUCUAAAGAAGAACUAAAACACUUUCGACAUGAUCAACGGAUUAUGCAAUUAGCGAAGCCCGUUGCUAUGUCAAAGUAUAUGUCGUAAUUGCUUUGCAUAGCCUCAUGUUGAAAAUUAUCAUAAACAUGAUAAAAUGACCUAACAGUGAUUAAAAUGCCGUGAAAUCUAUCUUGUGCAUUCAUGACUAUGUCACCGUGAAUUUACUGUCUGGUCUGUAUUUGAACAUAUAUGCUUCCAAGACCAUUUUUAAGGUCUGUAUUUUAUGAUAUAUUGAUAUUUCUUUGUGAAUAUCAUUCAAU